AUGCGUAUUACACUGGCCCUCGCUGUUGUCCUUGCUGGCACAGUCGCCCAGGCUGCGUCAACACUCUUCUGGGGCGGUACCAUUAUUGCAUUUGACAGUGACAAUGAAUCCCUCAAGGUGAUCAGAAACGGCUCCCUUCUCGUGGUGAAUGACCGCAUUGCUGCCAUUCAUGAUCAUUCACAACAACCCUACGAGGUGCCAGCAGACACAGUCAAGAUAGAUGUCACCGGCCAGAUCAUCACGCCAGGGUUCAUUGAUACCCAUCGCCAUAGCUGGCAGACGGCAUACAAGACUAUUGGAUCCAACACCACGCUUCUUGAAUACUUCUCUCGGUACGGCGAGUUUGCCGCCGCAUCCAGCUACCGGCCGGAAGACGUCUACUUGGGCCAGCUGAUGGGGCUCUAUGAAGCCUUGGACGGCGGCGUGACGACUCUUCUGGACCAUGCCCACCACACAUGGUCAAACGCGACGGCCUAUGCUGGCCUAAACGCAAGUGUAGAAAGCGGAGCUCGUGUUUUCUGGUCUUACGCGUUUCAUAACAUCCCCAGCCUCAACUAUACUAUCCCAGAGCAGAUACCCAACUUUCGCGAGAUCGCUGAGAGUAACGUCCUUGACAAUACAACGACAGAACUCGGCAUUGCCUUUGACUUUUGGGGUCCCGACCCGGAUGUCGCCGUGGUUCAGCAGAUUGUUAACCUCGCUCACCAGUAUAAUGUCUCGGUGGUAACAACACACUGCCUUAGUGGUCCUUGGGGCAAUAACAACCUGCCCGAAGAUGUUCAACGGUUUGAUAUGCUCAACGGCACGAUUCCCAUUGUCUUCUCGCACGCAAGUUUUAUUACGGCGCAAGGUGCGGAGCUUCUCCGUUCUACAAACCAAUACGUCUCCAUUACCCCCGAGUCAGAGAUGCACUAUGGCCACACUCACCCGCACUCCUACGUACUUCAAGACCAGGCUGCUCUCGGUGUCGAUACACACUUUACAUACUCUGGCGAUAUUCUCACCCAGGCCCGUCUGUGGCUGCAGUCGGUGAGAUACUACUUUUCGUGGGGUGUUUUGCAGGACUGGGGCUUGCCGUCUCGGAACCCAAUGAGUGUCGACCAGGCAUUCAAGCUGGCCACUCGCGCGGGAGGGCUUGCGCUGCGAAGACCCGACCUGGGUGUCAUCCAAGUCGGCGCCAAGGCAGAUGUUGUGGUUUGGAACGCACGCAAGUCUCUGUCAAUGGUGGGAUGGGUAGACCCUGUCGCGGCGGUGAUUCUCCACGCGAAUGCAGGCGACGUCUUGGACGUCAUGGUGGAUGGAAAGUUUGUCAAGCGACAUGGAGAAAUCGUAGCCAAGCAUUAUCAGGCUACCCGCGCCAGGUUCUUGUCCAGCGCCCGCAGGAUCCAGCAGACAUGGCGAGAGAGGCCGUAUCCCCAUUUCGAGGGCGAAUCCGCAGACGGAUUUCCCUACAAGGCACCUACCAUUGCGGACACGAGCCGAGGCGACGGGGACGGAUACGGAGAGCUGUUUGUCAACUAG